UCCUAGCCGCCAUUAAACGAGCAAGAAAAAGUACAUCCGGUUCUCUUCCUGGUAGCUAAAGAUGGAAUGAAAACACAGGAACAACACGUGUAAUCAGUUUUUCUUUUCACCCGUCGCUGUGUAAAUGUUGUGCGAUGCUCGUCAGCCGCUGGUUUGGACUGUGCAGUCGUGUAGUUCACAUUAGUAGCGCCAGGGGGAGAUGGAGGACACAGGCGAGACAGGGGAAGAAGUGUGCUAACAUCCCAGAGGAGGCACAGUGGAGGACACAGGCACCGGCACGUCUGUGUCACAGUGAUGUGGGGGACGUGUACGAGCAGCGGUGUGUCCAGAGGUACGCGCGGCAGCUGGUGGACGAGCACAGACAGCUCAGUGACAGGUUACAGCAGGCUUACCUGAACGAGUCGGACAGAAAAGAGCUGAUGAAGAGACACACAGAGCUGCUGCCUCUGGCUAAUAUACAGGGGAGGAUCGAACAAGCCCUGGAAGACCACGAGGAGGUUUGGUCACUGCUGCAGGGGUCGGUCGGUACCAAAGAUGAAGAUGAACAACUGACGCAGCUGUUGAAAGAGGAGGAAGCACGAAUCUCCAGCCAGAUUUUGGGCUUAAGAGAAGAUUUGAUUAAAGCUCUUGUGCCCACUGACCCUCUUGACCCCAGUAAUGUCCUGCUGGAGGUUGCAUCAGGACGAACAACAGGAGGUGAUAUUUGUCAACAGUUCACCAGAGAAAUGUUUGACAUGUACCAGGGUUUUGCAAGUUAUAAGAACUGGGACUUUGAGGUCUACAACUACACACCUGCUGACCAUGGUUUGCACCACGCUGCAGUGAGAAUAACCGGGGACAAUGUGUACAGACAUCUGAAGCAUGAAGGAGGAACACACCGGGUGCAAAGGAUCCCCGAGGUCGGCCUCUCCUCCAGGAUGCAGCGUAUCCACACAGGAACCAUGGCUGUCAUUAUCCUGCCUCAGCCAGUGGAGUUUGACGUCCACAUUGAUCCAAAGGAUCUUCGCAUCGACACAUUCAGAUCUCGGGGUGCCGGGGGUCAGAGUGUCAACACAACAGACAGUGCAGUGCGCAUCGUUCAUCUCCCCACAGGCGUCACCGCUGAAUGUCAGCAGACCCGCUCUCAGCUGCAAAACAGAGACUCCGCCAUGCGUGUGCUGAGGGCCCGGCUUCACCAGAGCAUGAUGGGUAAAGAGACUAAGCAGAGGCACACAGCACGGAAGCAGCAGGUGGGCACGCGUUCUCAGUCAGAGAGGAUUCGCACCUACAACUUUAGCCAGGACCGUGUCACAGACCACAGGACUGGAUAUGUUACCCGAGAGAUAAAGGAGUUCAUGAGAGGAGGGGAGGCUCUUGACGAUCUGAUCUCUCACAUACGUGAACACAUGGAGAGGGAGGCUCUCCUGGAGAUGGUGGAGAGCAGCAGUUUGACAGAAUCUGGAAAAUCUGCAGACUGACACACAACUUCCCAUCAAGUGAUCCGAAUGUACAGUAUGUUAGUUUUGAGGAUGAGUUAGUACUACACUGAAAUGUUUAAUUUUAAUAUUACCAUUAUUGCUAUUUAUAUUUGUGCAAGAGUCAAAUUGCAAAGAAUGUAACUUAAGAAGAUUAUCAUAAUUUAGAGGUAUUUAUUUUUGUAAUAAAAUAUUAAAUUAUGAAUUUUAUGUCAUGGUGAUUCCCUGAAUAAUGAGUCAUAGUUAUGUAUUGAUUAUUAAUAUUUUAAACAAAGGGAAGUGAAUGAUGUCCAUUUAAGAUGAUUUUAGAAUAUAAAAAUUCAGUUGUCCAGGUCAAAAUCGGAGUUGGUCCGCACCAUGAUCACAACUUCUUGGUAAAGUUUAGUAAAACUGUCUGUCUACACUGAAUGUCAAUAGA